UUUUGUGUUUCCCGCACCGUCAAUCAAAAUAGAAAAAAAUCGACCCGAAUUCAACGAUCAACACUAGCCCGCCUUUGAUAAAAUAACCAUGUUCGGAGUUUGGUUGGUUUGGUAUUCCUCCAUAUUUGCGCUAUGACUGAUACGUAAACGUUUAGCGCAUCGAAACGGCAACUAAUCGGUGAGUUUGGGAGAGCAGCAGCGGAGCGAGCUGCGUCUUUUUAUCGUUAGCUCCUUCGCUAACUAGCUGGAUAUGGUCAGCUAACCGAGCUAGCUGACUACCUCUCGGAGUUGAUAAAAGUAAAACUCGUUCUUGGCCCGAAGCCUCCAGGAAUCUACACCGCAAAAUUGAAUUUCGCAGACGGCGGACCGGAGAGUGGGGAUGCUUUGCGGGCUUUUCUGGCAGGCAGGAGUUGAAGAUUACAGACUUUUGCUCGGUUUCCCCCUCUCUCCCUGCUAGCGCCAGAGCAGUCUCUGAAACAAGGAGAAAUGGCGUCCGCGGACGUGGACAGCAGUCAGAGCGAGUUCCUGCAAGCCGGCGGCGCGGCCGACACACAGACAACAGACAUGUCGGCUAUUCAGCUGACUGGUUCAGACCGGUGGGAGGUGUUGACCCCUGUCUCAGCUGCAAAGGAAGACCAAGGCAUCGUCCACAUUCCAAACUCGGGGAUUGUCACGUCUAACGGACAGUAUGUGCUUCCAAUCGGGAGUCUUCCCAGCCAGCCCAUUUACGUUACAGCGUCUGGGAGCGAGGCCACGGCUAAUGGAGUGUCAGGCAUUCAGUAUCAGGUCAUUCCCCAAAUCCAAAACGCAGACGGGACACUCGCAGGAUUCCCCACACAAGGACUGGACGACGGUACAGGCCAGAUUCAACUCCUCCAAGAUGGCAGCCAGAGCAAUAUUGGAAUCAACUGCUCCACAACAGCAGCUACAGACCUGCUCACACAGGCAGGCCAGGUUCAGUCCAUCCAGGGCGUCUCGUUGGCCGGCGGUUCGGCGUACGCCGGCACUGUGCCUGUAGGGCUUCCCGGCAACAUCACGUUCGUCCCUAUAAACAGCGUGGAUCUGGAGUCGCUGGGUUUGACGGGGGCGCAGACGGUACCGAUCGCCACUGGGGUAACACCCGAGGGCCAGCUGAUCAUGAGCAGCCAGCCGCUAGAGAACCAGAGCCAGGACAGCAAGCAGUCUAUGGUGACUGUGAGCAACACCAACCAAGAGAUCUACGUGCCAACCACUUCCUCCUCUUCUUCCAACGCCUCCCAGCUCCCGGCGACCAUCGACGGCACAGGAGUUCUCACGCAGGCCACAGCUGUGUCUGCGGGGGUGGCAGACCCCUCUUCCACGGAGAACUUCAACUCCCACAACCACCUACAGCAAAUGCAGGGCUCGUCCUCCAACGCCACCACCAUCUCCCAGCCCAUCCUGCUGUCGGGGGACGCUCAGGCCCAGGUGGCGCAGGGCCAGGACCUGACUGGAGCCGGUCAGACUCUGCAGAGUGUGCAGCUGGUCAACCCAGGUACCUUCCUCAUCCAGGCCCAGACCGUCACCGCCACGGGUCAGAUCCAGUGGCAGACCUUCCAGGUUCAAGGUGUCCAGUCGCUCCAGGGGCUCCAGUUGCCCCAGGGUCAGGGUCAGACCCAGCAGCUGACUCUAGCCCCGGUCCAGACCCUGCCCUUGGGCCAGACCGGCCAGGUCAGCCUCCCCAACCUCCAGACUGUCACAGUUAACUCUGUAACACAAACUGGAGUCCAGUACACACAGGGAGACGACGCCAGGAGUCCAGCUGGGAUUCAGAUAAAAGAAGAGCCGGACUCAGAGGAGUGGCAGCUCAGCGGGGACUCCACGCUGAACCCCAGCGACCUGAACAACCUGCGGGUCCCCAUGGGAGACGAGGACAUGGACACGGCGGGCGGGGACGGCAAACGGCUCCGCAGGGUGGCCUGCACCUGCCCCAACUGCAAGGAGUCAGGAGGAAGGGGCUCCGGUGUGGGAAAGAAGAAGCAGCACAUCUGCCACAUCGCCGGCUGCGGGAAGGUCUACGGGAAAACGUCUCACCUGAGAGCUCACCUGCGCUGGCACAGCGGAGAGAGGCCCUUCGUUUGCAACUGGAUGUACUGCGGGAAGAGGUUCACCAGGAGCGACGAGCUUCAGAGACACAGGAGGACACACACAGGAGAGAAGAAAUUUGUGUGCUCCGAAUGCUCCAAGAGGUUCAUGCGCAGCGACCACCUGGCCAAGCACAUAAAGACUCAUCAGAACAAAAAGGGCGGCGUGCCCACCUCCACCUCUCCACCCACCACCGACGCCGUCAUCACCACGGACGGAACCACGCUCAUCCUCCAGACCGCCACCGCCCACGACCUUGUAGCCAAUCAGGAGAUCCCUCUGCAGCUGGUCACCGUGGCACCCGGUGAGGUCCUGGAGUGAGGGAGGGGCUUCUGACAACAGGCCAAUCACAGGGACCUCUUGAGCUUUUUCCCUUCCCCACUUAUUCUUUUCUUUUUUUUUUUUUUAAACAUAUGAAUAUAUACGUAAAUAUAUAUGACAAAUAUAUAUAUUUUAAGUGAAAUUUAUCUUGACUUUAUGUUUGUUUUUUGCAGUCUUUUUGAUAGGGGGGCAAAAAAGAAAACAUUAAAAUGUGGUUGCUAUGUACAUGCGUAAACACACACACACACCCACACACACACACGACACAUGAAUUAACACUCAAGAACACAACGUGAAAUGCCUUACUUUGUAUGAUACUCUUGUAUAAAAUGCUGGAGGUGCAUGUUUUUUAAGCAAUGGAGAUGAUGUGACUGUAACGGACUUUAAUGUUGGAGGAGGAAGGAGAAGGAAGUCCAGAACCUCUUUCUCUCUCUCUCUCUCCCCCUCUCUGGGAUGAUCAAGGAAUUUUCGUUUCUUCUUCUUGCGGCAGGAAGGUUUCGGCGCUCCGUUUGAAGCCCAGGUAUAAACUGUUGAGCUGCUGCUGUCUGGACCGGACGGCUGGUUUUAAAGGAACAGUUCAACAUCAACACUGGAAACGAGCGUCGGAGCUUUUACCGCCGUCCUCCUUCCACUUCAGUGUGCGUUUUCCAGUGUUCAUGUUGAACAUUGUUGACCUCUCACACUUGGCCCACGUGAAACAUGAGUUGGCUUUUACACGUUUUUUUUUAAAAUUUUAAUCAUUAUUAUUAUUAUUUGCACGCGACAGUUGUCUCCCAACAGAGCAGCGACGCUGAAAACGGAGCGCAGGUCGGAGGCAACGGUCGGACGAUCCGGAACAGAGAGAGAGCAGCUUUUCCCAGCGUCUGGUCAGCUGGAGCUAAACGUCCAGUUUGUCCUCCGGAGCACACCGUCCUCUGUGCUUUUCCACAUAUUACAGAAAAGAAACGCCUCUCAAUUCUUGUUUGUUUUUCUCUUUUUUCUGUUGUUGUAAAUUGAUCUUGUAUUGCAGUCUCUUUACUAAUCUGGGUGUUAUCUAAAGCAGAGCCCUCAUGACGACGAUCAUAGCUUGUGAAGGAGAAAUGUUGCCAUGUGAGGAAGGGGGUGGGGGAACAAUAAGCAGCAGGUUUGUCAUCUGGCGCCUCGGCAUCAUGUGGAACGACUUUUCGCAAUAACUGCUCCGAUGCCAACUCUGGCCAGAUGUCGUUCGAAAAGGAAAGAAAACAAAAAAGAAAGCAAUCACGCCAUUUUGACUUUUAUUUUUUUAUUUAAUGUAAUCCUUUCUUCAGUUUGUCAUGUUUGUAGCAUUCAUUUUACAUGUAUAUUAUCUUAUUUUCACCUUGUUUAUAGAAGCCAUUACUUUAGUUAGCCGAGUUUGUUGUAUCAAAACCUUAUUUUAAGUAAUUUUUUAAAAAGAAUUGAUGUAAAAAUUGAAUGUUACCUUUUGUAAAACCUUUUUUCAAAUGGAUCACAAUAAAAGUCUGAAAGCUUCCA